CCCAUGGCUAUCCUAGUCGUUGACCAGAAUAGUAUGUGCUGAUACUGACGGAUUUCGCGAUGGAUGUAGGGCUUCGACUUUGCCGGCUGCCGGGUCUAACGGCUAGCCGGCUCACCAUGCGGCUUGGCGCGCUUCGUUUCACGCCGUUCCCCGUACCGCCGCUAAUUGCGGCGGAUUUUCGCGUGAUCGGUUCCAGGCGAAUCUGCACGACUAGUCGUGGCAUGGUUUGUGCCUCCGUCCGAGCUGGCUUUGAGAAUUCUCAGAAGCCAAGUAGCAGCGCGAGGGACGCUAUUGGGGUGACUUAUGAGUCGACUCAAGGUUCGCCCCGCAGCAUGGUUUGUGCCUCCGUGCGAGCUGGUUCUGAGAGUUCUCAGAAACCAAGUAGCGGUGCGAGGGAUGCAAUAAAAGAGCCUUCUUUUGAGUCUACUCAACAGCAGAGUAUUCAACAACCUAGAAGCGGUGCGAGGGAAGCGAUUGAAGAGUCUGCGACUAGGAGUCAUAGAGGGAAUGCGCGGCGGGGGGAGAGCAAUGCGCAGCCGGGGAAGAACAGUGCGCCGCAGGGGGGAAGCAAUGCGCGGCAGGGGGGGAGUUUUGCGGGGGAGGCGGGAGGGGAUAUGGCUGGCGGGGAGAAACGGCCGCUUCGGCUGGUUGUGAUUGGGGGAGGGGCGGCGGGCGUGUUUGGCGCAAUAAGAGCCAAGGAGAUGGCUCCGUCCUUGGAAGUUCGGGUGGUGGAGAAGAGCCAACCGCUGGGGAAGGUGCGCAUAUCAGGAGGGGGUCGCUGCAACGUCACAACAGGCCUCACACGGGACGCCAUUCAUCUCUCGUCGCACUACCCAAGGGGCCAUCGCGAGCUUAAAGGUUCUUUCUUCCGCACGCACGGGCCGGCUGACACUGCAGCGUGGUUCACACAGCGAGGCGUGCCACUCAAGACGGAGCCAGACGGGCGAAUGUUCCCCGUGUCAGACUCCUCCCAGUCGGUCAUUGACUGCCUCCUCUCACAAGCAGACAAACUCUCAGUGACCAUCUCCCCUGGCUGGCCUGUGGCUUCAGUCUCUCGCACCCCUUCAGGCCGGUUCCUCGUGUCCUCCUCCAAGAAAACUCCCCCGAAUAUCAACAAUACCACCUCUUCCUCUUCCUCCUCCUCCUCCACUCUCUCCCUCGUGGCUGACUUUGUUCUUAUCGCCACCGGUGGGUCAAUCAAGGGGCAUGCCAUGGCCUCGGCUCUAGGCCACUCCAUCGUCCCUGCCUGCCCUUCUCUCUUCACAUUCAACAUUUCUGACGCUGCUCUUACCGCUCUAGCAGGGGUAUCUCUUGAAGACGUUUCGCUCAAGCUGGUCGUUCCCUCCCCCUCAGCCUCUUCCUCCCCCUCGCCCUACCCUACUACCACUGCUGCCACCACCACCACCACCACCACCACCACCACCACCACCACCACCACAAGCAACAGCGCUGCUGCACCUGCAACCGUCACCGCCACCAGCAAAUCCAAGCCCAAGCAGCAAAAGGACAAGGAAGCUUCCUUCAUGCAGCGAGGGCCCCUUCUGUUCACCCACUGGGGGGUGAGCGGCCCGGCUGUGCUAAGACUCUCCGCCUGGGCUGCAAGGAACCUGCAUGCCUCUGGUUACAAUGCAACCCUAGUAGCUGACUUCACCCCCCACCUUUCCGCAGCUGCUCUCCUCUCAGCACUCUCUACUGCCAAGUCGUCACUUCAGAAAAAACAAGUGGGAACAACUGCUCCUGUGGAGCUCAACCUUCCCAGAAGGUUCUGGUGCUACCUGCUUGAUCGUGCUGCAAUUCCUCCAGAGACCCUCUGGGCACACGUGUCAAAAGCCAAUUUGCUGGCCCUUGCUGACGUCAUCCACAAGGCCGAGCUGGCAGUUGCUGGGAAGGGUCGAUUCAAGGACGAAUUUGUGACUGCAGGCGGUGUUCCUCUAACAGAGGUCAACCUGGGCACCAUGGAGAGCCGUCUUAUUCCCAACCUCUUCUUGGCCGGGGAGAUUCUGGAUGUGGAUGGAAUCACAGGAGGCUUUAACUUUCAGGUAAACUGAUAGGAGUUUCUGGGCAUGAUGCAUGU